AGAAAUUUUGAGUAGUACAGUCGAGUGGGUGCCUAUCAUCCAUCGUGUUAUUUUAUCCAUCUCAGUGUUGAAUUGUUGAUUUAAUUUCCAAUUUAACAUACAUUGUCAAACAAACAAUAAAUAUAUUUCAUUAUAUUUAUAGUUUAAUUAUUAAGUAUUUAUUGAUUUAACAUAUUGCUAAUUAUUUUUUUUUAAUCAUCAUGGACGAUUUGCAAAAUUAUAAAUUGCAAUUGCAACAGGUUGAAGCUGCGUUAACAACAGAUCCAGCAAAUGAGGAAUUAAUAAAAUUAAAAAUUGAUUUAGAGGAAGUUAUUGAAUUAACUCAUGACUUGAUUAAAUCACAACAACAAGAAAAAAAACAAUCCAAUGGAAUGGAUCCUAAAGAUCCAAUAUUAUUAGCUGUUUUGGCAAAUAAAUGGAAACCAGGUGAUGAAUGUAUGGCUCCUUGGAGUGAAGAUGGGAAAUACUAUGAAGCUACUAUUGAUGCUAUUAAUGAAGAUGGGCUAGUUAAUAUAACAUUUAAAGAAUAUAAAAAUACAGAUGUAACAAUGUUGAAUCAAUUAAAAUCAGUUGCCAAAAGACCAGCAUCGGAUUGGGCUGACCAAAAAUCAAAAAAACUACAAGCAGCUGGAGCUGAUCCAAAUAAACAACGUGAAUAUUUAAAAAAAAAGAAACAAAGAAAGUUACAACGAUUUAAAGAACUUGAAGAAGAACGAGAGCAAGAAAAAAAUAAAUGGCUAGCAUUUACAACUAAAUCUGCGAAAAAAGGAGUUGUUAAAAAAAGUAUAUUUGCAACACCGGAAAAUGUUAAUGGGAGAGUUGGAAUAGGAACUUGCGGAGUAAGUGGUAAGGAAAUGACAAAAUUUAGUAACGGUGAAAAAUGGAGAAGAGGAGCUUAAAAUAAAUAACACUAAUAAUAAUAAUAAUAAUAAUAAUAAUAAUAAUAAUAAUAAUAAUAAUAACCCUUGUAUGAUUAAUUAUUAAGAUAAAAAAAAAGAAAUUUUUUUUAUCUUUUCUGUUAGGAUCUUAUAAUAACAAUAGCAGUAACUGUACAUACCGUUCAAUACAGUUUAAUAAUAUUGAUAAUAAUAAUAAUAAUAAUAAUUAUUAUUAUUAUUAUUAUUAUUAUUAUUAUUGUUACUGCUUCUGCUAUUAAUAAUAAUCGAUUAUACGGUUCCAUGUCGUAUCGACAGUAGCCACAUUAUAUACAAUUAUUGUUAUGAUAAAUAUAUAUAUAGAUAUAUAUCAUCUGUGUGGUAUAUGUAUGUGUGUGUAUGAUGUAUGUAUGUAUGUAUGUAUAUGUUAGAAUGUUUAAAUAUAUUAAUAAUUAUAAUAAAAAAAAAUUAAUUAUCUGCUUAUCACUAAACUUUUUUUUUUUAUAAAUUAAAUUAAUUUUUUUUGUCUAAUCUUUUUAAAUAUAUUUGUCAAUUGUAUUAUGUAAUUUACUCUAUAAUUAAUAAUAAAUAAAUUUAUUUUUUAA